GUCGGUUCUCCUUUCAGGAGGAAAGAAUGGCAGAAGCCUUCUCCAGGAAGCUCACCUGUCCAGAUACAAGCUACACCAUGGAGCUUCCACCUUGCAUCACACGGUCCCUUGACCAGGGGUGCUCUCAGACAGCCAGGGGCUCCCUCAAGCUCAGCAUUUGGAUUCAAUGGACCCUCAGACCCUGCAGUAUCGGACAGAUACUGCUUUGGGGGGAUUCAGUAGCUUUUUUCUUUUUCAGGGGAUGAACAAUCAGUACGCACGCCGAGAGGUCUUCUGCAGGAACACCUGCCACGAGCUCAAGCGCUUCUGGGAGAGGGAGAUCGGCAAGCAGACAUGCUACCGCGAGUCCGAGGAGCAUCGCCUAGGAAAAAGCGCGCUGAGAAAGCUCAGGGAAGAAUGGAAGCAGAGGCUGGAAACAAAGCUGAGGCUCCGGAACAACCCAGAUGAGAUGGAAAAGCGGACACACGUCAGCUGAGAGCUUCCUGCCUCCCUGACCCCAAGAGGAUACAAAGCACUGAGGUCACUCUGCUAGAAGCCAGUUAAAUCCCCAAGGCGCUCUGCUACAGCACAGAUCCCCAUGCAGGAAUCCACCCACACAUCCUUUCCCCACCGUGGUUAUUUGCGUGGAGGCUGGUUAUUUUUCCACACGCAUCUGAAUGGGAGCUUAUUCAGUAUCAAGGCUCUAUGCCUGGUGUUUUGUUUUCACAGUAUUUUCUUCUAGUAGUUCUGCAACUCCACGUCAUCCAGGAAACAUAAUUUCAAGCCGUCCUUUCUCUUGCUUCCUCUUGAGUAGAAGAGAAAUAGACCUAUCUGCAGAAAUGAAAAUAAUGUCUAUAGUCAUAAAAUAAGGCUUGAAAAUAAACUGAUACCUGUAUACAUUUAA